GUCGUCUUAAACAGGUUAGUUUCUCCCUCUGUUCUCAGUUCUGACCGUGACGAUGACUCCGUGGAGCUCCAGGAGCCUGUGGACAGCAGCUGUGGUGCUGCUGCUGGGGUUGCUGAGAACCCCAGGGGCUGAGGGCAGAGACACUCCAAAGGAUUUCGUGUACCAGUAUAAGUUCCUGUGCUACUUCACCAACGGGACGCAGCGGGUGCGGCUCCUGUUCCAAGACAUCUACAACCAGGAGGAGAUCGUGCGCUUCGACAGCGACGUGGGGGUGCAUGAGGCGGUGACCCCGCUGGGGCGGCCGUUCACAGAGUACUGGAACUCACAGAAGGACCUCCUGGAGCAAAGGCGGGCCUAUGUGGACACGCUGUGCAGACACAACUACGAGUUCGAGGAACUUACCACCCUGCCCCGGAGAGUGGAACCUAAGGUGACCAUCUCCCCAUCUAAGACAGAGGCUCUAAACCACCACAACCUGCUGGUCUGCUCGGUGACAGAUUUCUAUCCAGGCCAGGUCAAAGUGCGGUGGUUCCGGAAUGACCAGGAAGAGACCACUGGUGUGAUGUCCACUCCCCUUUUUCGGAAUGGGGACUGGACCUUCCAGAUCACAGUGAUGUUGGAAAUGAUCCCCCAGCGUGGAGACGUUUACACCUGCCAAGUGGAGCACCCCAGCCUCCAGACCCCCAUCUCAGUGGAGUGGCGAGCGCAGUCUGACUCAGCGAAGAACAAGAUGCUGACUGGCAUUGGGGGUUUUGUGCUGGGACUGAUCUUCCUUGGGCUGGGGUUCUUCUUCCGACACCGGAGUCAGAAGGGAUCUUCUGGACCUCCACCAGCAGGGCUCCUUCACUGAUUCCUGAGGAUACUUUGAUGGGGAUUCACUUUGUUCUUCUGUAAUACCUGUUCUUUCCCAGAGUUCUCAUGUCAGUCCUAUCUGUCUAUAUGGCUUUCUGAAAGGCCUACAAUGAUUCCCGCAUUGACCCCCACUUGAGGAAUUGGUUGUGAUGCAAUGUCCUUCGUCCUGGGGCCUUUGUCUGUGUGCUGCUCCCAGAAGCUUCUACACAAGUCCUCAGAGAACUUUAUAUUUCUUUUCUUUCCCACCCCUUAAGAUUGUUCAAAAGAAUUUGUCUGACCACAGAGCUUUUAUCAUAAUUAAAUAAGAUUUUG